UUGUAGCGUACAGAUACUUGUGGGUCACGUGGACUAUUCAUAAUUAAUCGUUGUUAUCUGCAUUUAUAUUCUACCAACGAUUCUACCCUUGGUCAUUAGGGUAGCGUCGACUAACGUAUUAUUCCGACAGUAUCUGUCGUCGUGGUAACCUUUUCUACAUACUACCGUCAGUUACAAUUGUCAAGGUGGCGCAUUUUAGCGCGCGUAUCAAUCCGGGAAUGUCUCUUCCGCUUGCAAAUAUGAGUAACGGAAACACGACUAUUCAAGUAAAUACACGUCCGGAUGAUAUACGGAAACGCAUUAUUGGAGCUGAGGAUACGAAGGAAGGUGAUUCAACACAAUGUGGAAAUAUUCUCGUUGUACUGUCCUGGAUUGUUGUCAUCCUUACCAUGCCUUUCUCGCUUUUUGUGUGCUUUAAGGUCGUUCAAGAAUACGAAAGAGCAGUAAUAUUCCGUCUUGGAAGAUUGUUAUCAGGUGGAGCGAAAGGACCAGGAAUAUUCUUUAUCUUGCCUUGCAUCGAUUGUUAUGCAAGGGUAGAUUUGAGAACUCGGACUUAUGAUGUCCCGCCUCAAGAGGUGCUAACGAAGGAUAGCGUGACAGUUUCUGUUGACGCAGUUGUUUAUUAUCGUGUAAAUAAUGCAACGAUAUCGAUUGCAAACGUGGAAAAUGCUCAUCAUAGCACACGAUUACUAGCACAAACAACUUUACGAAACACUAUGGGUACAAGGCCUUUACACGAAAUAUUAAGUGAACGUGAAACAAUUUCUGGAACUAUGCAGGCUUCAUUGGACGAAGCCACAGAUACAUGGGGUAUAAAAGUAGAACGCGUUGAAAUUAAGGAUGUUCGACUACCAGUCCAGUUACAACGAGCUAUGGCUGCUGAAGCUGAAGCUGCUAGAGAAGCAAGAGCUAAGGUAAUUGCUGCUGAAGGAGAACAGAAAGCCAGUAGAGCACUGAGAGAAGCAUCAGAAGUUAUUGGAGAUUCUCCAGCAGCUUUACAACUUCGUUAUCUACAGACUUUGAAUACGAUAUCAGCAGAAAAGAAUUCAACAAUUGUUUUCCCAUUACCUAUUGAUAUGCUGACCUACUUCAUGACAGCAAAGGAAGGAAAAUCAUCCUAAUUCAUAAUUGAUGAAGCUCACGAAUGAACUUUUAUUACACUAAUGAUUGAUAAGUGCCUUUUUUUUUUAACACUGCACAUAUUAUUUUCCUAUUUUAUAUUGGUAUAUACUUUGACCUAGCCUUUUUGAUGACUCUAUAAACGAAAUAUUUUAUGGCACUCAAGAACAAAAUUAGUUUAGAGUUUAUUGAUGAUUUUUAGCUCAAAUUAUUUUGACUUAAUUAAAAAAUAGUUAUGCAAUUAUUUUAUAAAUAAUUAGAUUUUAAAGUAUUCUGUUUUUAUUUAUUAAAGUUCGUAAUAAUUAUAAAAUGAUUUUUUACGUGACUAGUUCUAAAUAUAAAUUCUACUACUGAUUCAUUAAAAGUGAUUCUUGAAUAUAAAUGAAACAUAUUCAAUACUAUAAUUAUAAAUAUUGAAACAAAAACAUAAGGAAAUGUAAAUACAGGUCUAAUGAAUAUGCUCAGAUACUUUAUAAUUUUGUUCAUGAGUGUACUUAUGCACGAGUUUUGUAAAGAUUUACAAAAAUCGAUGAAACUAAAGUUUAAAAGCACUGCGACCCUAUAAGACUUGAAAGUAAAAAAUAAGUAAUACUUAAAUAUAAAUUUAUAUUUAAAUUAUUUUAAACUUAUAUUUUUAUAUAAAUUUAUUUUUUUUUUUACAUAAAUAAAUUUAUAUGAAUGUAUAAGUUUGAGGUAGAUGUUAAGUGAGAAGUGUAUGUUGAUAUUACGUAUUUUAUUGGUGAACUUUAUCAUUCAAUUGUGAUGUUAUUAAAAAAUGGGUGUCAUUUGAACAUCAUACAUAACUGAAUAAUACUAUACAUAUCAGAGUGAGAAAAUAUCUAUGAUAAUAAAUGUAAGACUCAUCAAAGUCUACUUCUCGUGGAUAUAUUCUUGUAUUUUUGAAGAUUUUUAUUCAUAUGAUAAAAAUAUUAUCUUCAUCGUAACAUAAUUUAAUUCAUUUAGGCACGGAUAGACACUUCACUAAAAAACAAAUAAGGUAGCUCAGUUGAAGAUUAAAUAGUUUUUACUGACGAAUUAAUGAUCUUAAUAAUAAACUAGAGCAAAAGUUUAAUCUGAGUAUGUACAAAACAGGGUGAAUAUUACAAGAUGCUACACCAUUAAAUUUUUUAAAACUGUUUUGUAAAGGUCAAACUGUAGAAGAUGAAACUUCAUUUCAUUUUCUGUACAAGUUUCACAGAAAAACACAUUUGUUUUUUCUAUUAUAAUUUUAUUUUAUCUUUAUUUCUAUUCUUACUUUCUAUCAUUAUAAAGUACUUGAUGAUACACUUGUAUUCCACAUAAAAACACAACUUUCAGGAUAGAGUUGAUUCAAAAAGAACUAAAUGAAAGCAAUAUAACGCUUGAUGAAAAAAGUUAAGUAAAAAACAGAUAUACCUGGUUUUAUUCUAUUCGUUUCUACUUUUUGUCAUGUAUAUGCUGUUUAUAUCUUCAAAUAAAAAACUAGAUGUUUAUUUGUCGAAAAUGUUCUUAUUUCAAAAUCCCAUUCUUUGUUUAAUAA